CAGACCGAUCAGUUGCGUUGACAAGCUGAAAGCGUCGAGAUGAAAUCGUUCGUGGUGUGCUCUCUGAUCGGAUUGGUGCUCCUGGUGGCCGCUGGCCAAGUACGCGCCGAAUGUGACGAUACCAAGAGUCCUGAAGACAGCGACAUUGGCCACUUCUUCAAGAACCUGGGCUGCAAGUUUAACCAGGGGGCCAAGGAAGUGGUUGAGGCCACCAAGCCGUACGCCGAAAAAAUUGGCGAGGGCGCCAAGGAGUUCGGCAGCUCCGUGGCCCACAAGUACGACGAACUGAAGCACAAGCUAACCGAGGAGCUCUCCACCACGCCCAAGGUGCCGGUUGCUUAUGACGCCCCCACCGAGAAGGUCCUUCUGGCCCCCAUCGGAGGACCCAGCACCCCGGCCCCAUAAGGGAUGAAAAUCCGCCUGGAGUCUCCCUCUUUGUUGCACAAGUCUUCUUUGUUUUUUUUUUCUUGUGAUCUUUUUUAAUAAAAUCUAAAAAAAAAAAGUGA